AUGGUCGUCAUCCGAAUGAGCAACAAAAUGCGUCAUGACUUUGAUGCAUCUUCUUUCAUUUCUGAAGAGGCGGCGUCUCGUUUCACUCAAGUGUCAAAACAUGUGGUUCUUAAUGGUCGGAAAGUUGAGUUUGAAGAGCUUCGCAAAGAAGACUUCGACCUGACCGUCUAUCUUAAUGCAGAAUAUGACAAGGCAACUGAGAUGCCACCUACUCCCAUUCAUGAUCCUGCUGCUGCUGCUGGUGCUUCAUCUUCUUCUCGCCCUAGCCCUUCUCUACAAGAAGUUCUUGACGCCAUCCUCGACAUGGACACUCAGUAUCAACCUCGACAAGCUAUAAAAGGACAGGCGUUGGCUGAUUUUAUUGUGGAAUGUACACACUCUAGUAAGGUAGGAGAAAAUAAGCAGGCAGAAUGGUUGUUGUUUGUCGAUGGAGCAUCUGGUUUACAGGGAAGUGGCACUGGGAUAGUACUUGUAUCCCCUGAGGGAGAAACGUUAGAGUAUUCUCUGCGAUUUGCUUUUUCAAGUACAAACAACGUAGCUGAAUAUGAGGCAUUAAUUGCUGAAAUGAGGAUAGCAAGGAAAUUGGAAGUAACACGAUUGGUUGUUCAUAGUGAUUCUCAGUUGAUUGUGCAGCAGUUUCAGGGACAAUAUGAAACCAGAGAACAGAUAAUGGCUCAAUACUUGCAUAAAGUAAAAGACUUGGCCCAGACAUUUCAGAGUUUCCAAUUAACACAAAUAAACAUAUCGCUCAAUGGACAUGCUGAUGCCUUGUCUAAACUAGCAUCCACUAGAGAGAUAACAGGAGGAGCAGUAUUUGUGGAGAUGCUACAUCAACCAAGCAUCGAAGAAAAAGAGAUGAUACACAAGAAGCAAAAAGACUUAAGAUGCGGGCUUCAAGGUUUACCAUCAUAG